CGGAAAAAAAUUAAAAGAAGAAACUUGCCCAAAGAAAAGGCGAAUGGUGUGACAACUGACAAGUGACAAACAACCGACUAUUAAUUUCAUUUUUUUUAUCCCACCACCGGAGGGAUGAGGGAUACACGCCACUCACUUACUUAUCACUUACCCCGCCUGUUGUAUUCUUGACUAUAGAAUUUCUAGUGGCUGCUCUUUCAUUUUCACUUUAAGACUUCAAAUAAUUCUAGUACUAUAUAAUUGUAUACGAUAUGAGGUUGCUAAAAUAGAAAUGUCAAGAGACAAUAGCAGAGUCAUACUUUUAUCUGUACCGUUUGCUGUAUUCAGUUUAUAAUAAUAUCAUCGUCACAUGUUUGUGAUCUUCUGCUAAAAUCAACUCUAUAAUAAUAUCUGGUCUCAUUCAGCUAUCAUAAAUUAUGGAUCCAUCGGAACAUCAACUUGAGUUGCAUUUAAAUUUGGACGAAAUUAUUGAGGCCACCAGUGAAAGCAAAAGAAAGUGAAAACGAAGAUUUUGAAAGCUUUAAAACAUGUGUGUUUUCCUCCGGUACCCUACAAAGUGUCCUGCUCAAUAUAAACACGCAUAGAAGCUCACAUUAAAAACAUAGUACACCAGGGAAAGAGGCUGGACAGAGAGGUGAACAAUAAUAAUGGGGACUAGUUUUGUAAUAAUAUUUAUGUUAAUGACAGUGUUAGUGGUGGCCGAGAUGAAGGCUGAUGAAGUGGAAGGGGUCAGAAGCUUCAGCAGACUCGAUUUCCCACUCCCCCCUCACUUUGUUUUCGGAUCCAGCACUUCUUCUUACCAGGUGGAGGGUGCAGCAUUUGAAGAUGGAAGGAAGCCUAGCAUUUGGGACACUUAUGCUCAUUCUGGAUACACAAAUGGAGCUAAUGGAGAUAUUGCAUGUGAUGAGUAUCACAAAUACAAGGAAGAUGUCCAUCUGAUGGUGGAGACAGGCCUAGAGGCAUAUAGGUUCUCUAUUUCAUGGUCAAGACUUAUUCCAAAUGGGACUGGAGCUGUCAAUCCCAAGGGACUACAGUAUUACAACAACCUCAUCAAUGAACUAAUUAACCAUGGAAUAGAACCACAUGUUACAUUAUUUCAUUACGAUACACCACAAAUACUUGAAGAUGAGUAUGGAGGAUGGCUUAGUAAGAAGACAGUGAAAGCUUUUGUCGCUUAUGCCAAUAUUUGCUUCAGAGAAUUUGGCGACAGAGUGCUUCACUGGACUACCUUCAACGAACCCAACGUUUUUGCUCACUACGGUUAUGAUUUGGGAUUAUUUCAGCCUAGCCGAUGCUCUUCUCCCUUUGGAACAAAUUGUGUCGGAGGUAACUCAUCUACUGAGCCAUACAUCGUUGCUCAUAACAUACUACUGGCACAUGCAGCUACUGCAAGAUUGUACUUUAAGAAAUACAAGGCUGAACAACAUGGUUUGAUAGGACUAGAUGUAUAUGCAUACUGGUAUGUUCCUUACACCAAUGCACCGGAAGAUGUAAUAGCAACCCAAAGGGCUUUUGACUUUUUUAUUGGCUGGUUUCUAAAUCCGUUGGUUCACGGUGAUUAUCCUGAUGUAAUGAAGAAGAAUGCUGAGACAAGAAUUCCAACCUUUACCAAACUAGAGUCCAGACUAGUCAAGGGUUCGUUUGACUUUCUAGGGUUGAACCAUUAUAGCACAAUACAGGUCGAGGACAUGUCCAUCAACCUCCAAAUGGAUGUCAGGGACUUCACAGAGGAUAUGGCAGUAAACUUGAUAUGUAUGUUAAUUAUACAAAAGUUUAGCCACUGGGUGCCAUUGCCUAUAGCAAAUUUUAAUGUUUACAGAGUCGAGCCUUGUAAUUAUAUCAAUUGCACUUGGUUAGUAAAUGACACUGAUGUUCCACAAGGUCAGUUGCCUUAUAACCCAUCAGGCCUGAGAGAACUUUUGGAGUAUAUGAAGAACUACGGGAACCCCCCUAUCUACAUCUAUGAAAAUGGUCAAAGUACAAUCCGUAAUGAAACACUGCACGAUGUACCAAGGCUACGAUAUAUUCAAGGUUACAUUGGCAGUUUGCUAGAUGCUUUACGGAGUGGGUCAAAUGCAAGAGGGUAUUUCAUCUGGUCCUUUUUAGAUGUGUUCGAGUUGCUCGAUGGCUUUGAAUCAGGAUAUGGCUUGUACUAUGUGGAUUUAGAUGACAAAAACCUGAAAAGGUAUCCGAAGCUAUCGGCACAAUGGUACUCCAAUUUCUUAAAAGGACGCAGCCAUCAGGAUAUGUGAAAAGAAAACAAAACCGGAGUUGAUGAUAGCAUGAUGACAGUGGCCAGUGGCGGAACCAGAAAUUGGGAGAUUGGGGACGCUUUGUACAAUAAUAGAAUUUCGUCAAGUAUCUUGCUAAAUAUUGAACUCGUAUUAUCACACAUGAGAAUUGUUUACUGCAUAAAAAGAAAAGUGGUAUUUGAUUUUGAACAGUACAAUUUUACCAUUUAGCAUCCAGAAAUAAAGAUUGUUCUAUUGUAUA